AUGAAGUCCGCUGUGAACCCAGAGUUCACUCUCAAACUCGAUUGCUCCAAUCCACAAGCGUAUCAGAUUCAAAAGAACACUGGAGAAUAUCUCGUUUGGAAGCCAAAUUUUCUAGGAAAGCCAUCAAACGCUAUUUGGGGAGAGAGCGGGGCAAAGAGCUUCUGGACAGUAAGAAAGAUGAUGUCCAGACGGGGACUGGACUACUUCGCAAUUUCGUUGCCAAAUGAACCGGAUUACUUUCUUCAUGGAGAUCUCAACAUAAAACAAAGUAACAGGGCACAAUGGUUCAUUUUCGACCAAAUUCCAGAAUGCGCAAUUCAACCCUGGUCGCAAUGGAGCUCCUGUUCUGCAACUUGCGGCCAAGCUAGUCGAUCUAGGACAAGAAAAAUCGCGAAAGACUGGGAACCAUACUACAAUUUUGUCAUCAACGAUAUGAAGAUAACUGAACCCUGCGAAGUCGAUCUCUGUCGAAUCGAGGAUGACCUCUCCUACUAUGACUUUUAUUAG